CCCAAUGCAGCUUCAUCUUACCCUGUGAAGCUUUCUUCCUGCUUACUGCGAUACGAGAAACCCUAGACUCACUUCUUCGCAGCCUACGGCGUUGUUUCCAUGGAUAUCGAGGAGGACAUUCGUGCUCUAGAACUUGAUUCACCAGAUGUUAACGGGGUUCCCAAUCCAGAUGCAAGGAUGGAAGAAAUUGUGAAAUCCGAUAAUGUGGAAGAAGAUUUGAAGACAGAGGACCAUCCCCAACCAGCCCAAGCUAUCCACGUUGAAGAACAAUGUGAUGUGAAGGAGAAAAUACCUGCGAAGGAGAAGGAAAUCUCUUUAACUGAAAACGAAGGUGAAGGGGAUUUGGAGUUGGAUCGUAAAAGACACUUGAAUGUUGUGUUCAUUGGUCAUGUCGAUGCUGGUAAGUCUACAAUUGGAGGCCAGAUACUUUUCCUCAGCAAUCAGGUUGAUGAGCGUACAAUCCAAAAGUAUGAAAAAGAAGCAAAGGAUAAAAGCAGAGAAAGCUGGUAUAUGGCGUAUAUCAUGGACACAAAUGAAGAAGAGAGAGUUAAGGGGAAAACUGUUGAAGUGGGAAGAGCACAUUUUGAAACUGAUACUACAAGGUUUACAAUUUUAGACGCUCCGGGUCACAAAAGUUAUGUCCCAAAUAUGAUCAGUGGGGCAUCUCAGGCUGAUAUAGGGGUUCUGGUAAUUUCUGCUAGGAAAGGAGAGUUUGAAACUGGAUAUGAGAGAGGUGGACAGACUCGUGAGCAUGUUUUGCUGGCAAAAACGUUGGGUGUUGCUAAGCUUCUUGUUGUAGUGAAUAAGAUGGAUGAACCCACAGUAAAAUGGUCGAAAGAAAGGUAUGAUGAGAUAGAGUCUAAGAUGGCCCCCUUCUUGAAGUCAUCUGGUUACAAUGUAAAGAAAGAUGUCCAGUUUUUACCUAUAUCUGGUCUUCAUGGUGUUAAUAUGAAAACAAGAGUGGAUAAGAAAGUAUGUCCCUGGUGGAAUGGUCCGUGCUUGUUUGAAAUCCUUGAUACAAUUGAAGGUCCACCAAGAAAUCCAAAAGAUCCAUUUAGGAUGCCUAUCAUUGACAAAUUCAAGGACAUGGGAACAACUGUUAUGGGUAAAGUCGAAUCUGGCACUGUGCGCGAGGGUGAUUCCUUAUUGGUAAUGCCAAAUAAGAUUCAGGUGAAAGUUGCUGCUGUUUUGUGUGAUGAAAGCAAAGUAAAGAGCGCAGGACCUGGUGAAAAUCUUCGUGUUAGAAUAUCUGGAAUUGAAGAAGAAGAAAUAAUGUCUGGGUUUGUACUAUCAAGCGUUGCAAAACCUAUACCCGCUGUUUCUGAGUUUGUUGCGCAGUUGCAGAUUCUUGAGCUGCUGGAUAAUGCAAUAUUUACAGCUGGAUAUAAGGCCGUACUUCACAUUCAUGCUGUUGUUGAAGAAUGUGAGAUCAUAGAGCUGCUUCAGCAGAUUGAUCCGAAGACUAGGAAACCUAUGAAAAAGAAAGUUCUCUUUGUGAAGAAUGGUGCAAUUAUUUUGUGCCGCAUCCAGGUCAAUAACUUGAUCUGCAUUGAGAAAUUUUCUGACGUUCCUCAGCUUGGAAGAUUUACACUUCGUACUGAAGGGAAGACAGUUGCUGUCGGAAAGGUCACUGAUAUUCCGGCUGCAAGCAAUUAAACAAUUUUGAUCUACAAGGAAACUUAUGGUGAAUUUGAUAUGAGCUGCCCCAUGAAGGCCUUGUAUGCUCGAAGCCGUUUUUCCAUGGAGUCAUGCCUGAUCGUGUUGUUGGCUAUGCUAAUAGAUACUAAAAUGAUUGAUAGGUUCCAUCUGUUUGGAUACCAGCUUUACAUGUGUUUUUCUAUAUAUGGGUGUAAAGUUUGAUUUGCUUCACUAUUGUUGAAUAUAGUAGUUUUUUCAUAGUUAAUCCCCAUCCAAAUGUCCUACUAUUCUGUUUCUUUUUCCUGUAAUUGAAUUUCAUUUUUGGGCACCCAUGGUUAUGAAGAUUUUGGUGUGUACUAGCUUCACGGUGCUACCAAACAUGAAGAUGAAUCUUGAGUUUGUUAACUUGACUA